CCAUCCACACACACACAUACACACGCACGCACACGAACGCACGCACACACACACACAUGAUGCCUACAUGCGCAUACACGCAUCUACGUAUACACGUACACUUCACACGCGACUCAUUCAUUUCGUACAGCCAUUAGCAGCGGCAAGAAAAUGAGAAAAUGAACGAUUUCAAGUUUUUACCAUUCCAUUUAGCCCUGGAUUACAUAAAGGGUUUUUCGUCUAACACCUGUUCUUCUCAUAAAAACAAAACCUUUAUCCGUCAUCAUUCGACUGGAAUCUAAUCUACAACAAGCAAGGAACCAUGUCUGCGACAGAUGAUAAUUCCCUGACUUUCUUAAGGAUUACCGACACAACAUGGGAGAAUGUCGAAAUGAGCUUGUGGUUUUCCAUGGUCAUCAUCCUUGCAGUGACGCUCUUCAUACUAUGGAGGAGAAAAGAUGACAACUAUCCACCGGGACCGUUUAACUGGCCGCUGAUCGGAAAUAUCCAACUGAACAAGGCGCAUCUUCAGUUGACUAACUUGAAAAAUAAAUAUGGUGACAUUUACAGCGUCACAAUUUCUCGCAAAAACAUUGUCGUCUUGUGUUCUUUGGACAGUAUCUUGGAGUGUCUUCAUUAUAAUGGUGACGCAUUUGCCAACAGACCGAGCUGUCCGGUCUUGCGUUCUCUCUACAAGUCUGGAGAUAAGAAUGAAGGUUUCAUAACGGCUGAUUAUGAUGAUAAACUGGAACAAAAGCGUGAUUUCUUGCAAGACUGUAUGGUCGAUGGCACAUAUUGUCUGGAAUAUGAUACGGAGAUGAAGAUUGGCAGUGAAGUUCAGGAUGUCUUACAGAAAUUCAUAAGAGAAAAGGCUCCCUUUAAUCCUUUCAAUCUUCUUUAUCCUUCAUUUCUAAAUGUUACCCUGUCCAUAAUAUUCAGCCAGUGGCACCGCAACGAUGAGAAAGACACCAAUUUCCAAGAGAUUCUCAAGUCGCUCACUCUUCGAGCAAAAUGUCUGAAACAGACAUUUCCCGAUAUUUUCCCUUUGCCAUCUUUCUUGGAAAACUUACGCUUCAAGCAAAUCAAAGAGAGAAUGCGUCUCCAGCACGAAUACCAAAGGAAACUCAUCAACUUCCACAAAGAUACUUUUAAUCCUUGUGUUCUGAGGGAUUUGACUGACCAGCUACUUGUCUAUGUCGAAAACGGUGAUGACAAAGGUUUGUUUGCUAGUUCUGACAUGGAGAAUAUUCUACUGGAGAUUUCAGGCAGUGGGUUUGAAUCGACUGCUGUUUGUUUGACAUGGCUUCUUGGGUACAUGGCAAUGUACCCCAGUAUACAGUCACAAGUGCAGGAGGAAUUAGAUAAAGUCGUUGGAAGAGAAAACAACCCAAGUCUUGCCGAGCAGCCUAAGUUGCCUUAUACACUUGCUACCAUAUGUGAAGCUCACAGAAUGGCCUCAGUAAUGCCAUUUCUCUACCCACAUCAAGCAGUUAAAAAUACAGUAUUGCAAGGUUAUGAUAUUCCCAAAGACACCUGGAUCCUCUGCAAUGUUUGGAGUCUUCACUAUGAUACAAGAUACUGGAAAAACCCCAAAAAAUUCGACCCAACAAGAUUCCUGAAAGAUGAGAAAACCAUAUCCAUUCCAGACUGCUUCUUACCAUUCGGCAUUGGUGUUCGAGAAUGCCCCGGAGAAUCACUGGCAACUCUUAAUCUCUUUCUCUAUUUCACACAUAUCCUACAUCGCAUGAAUAUUCGACCAGCAGACAAUAAAAUGCCGUUUCACAUGGAGGGUGAAUUAGAAUACCUUCUACUACAUAAACCAAAACCAUUCCGAAUAAGAGCUAUCAGGAGGAAUAAUUGAAAUCUUCUGUGCCAAUCAGGAUUCAAAGAAAUACACGAGGAUGUCAGCCUUAUACUUUCUAUGUUUUAUCCUCUUCUAAAUCAAAGGAAUUGCAAGAAAUUAUCACCACACCUCAAUUACCACCACUACUACUAUUACUACUACUACUACGACGACGACCAAAUGGACAACUACUACUACGACCAUGACCAUGACCAAAUAGAAGAUGAGGUUUUGUUCUGAAAGAAGAAUUGCAUGGAAUUGUAAUGAAAGUUGUGUCAGACAAUCAUCGAGAAACAUCCGAAGUUAUAAAAGAAUUAACAUUUUUUUUUUUAUGAAAGACUUAAAUUUCUUAAAAGGAACACUAAUAAAAAAAA